CUCUCACUCUCCCUCUGUCACACCCACAGCAGGUACAUUGUCACUGAUAGCAUUAGUUAGCCUUAGUGUGCUUUUGGGCUGCGCCUUUUAAGUCUGCGCCUUUUAAGAUCCAGCAGAGACUAGUAGACAGCCUCAGGCCCCCAGGUAGAGGAUUCUUCAUCAGUCUUCUGGGUUACUUAUAGGCCUGCUUUCCCUACCUGCUGUCUGCCUGCUCGUCUGCCUGGCGCAUCUCCUGGCCCAUCAUAAAACACCAGACACCUGCAGACUGACAGAAGAGACUGGAAUCUGAGCUAACUGGACUAGAGGUAAUCAUCACCACUAGUCUACCUUACACCUGUUGGGGUCCUGUAUUGUCUACACUCAGCACCAGUCUCAGCCCUGCCUGAGACCACCCAGAGGCCAGCACACCUUGGCCCAGGAGGCAGCAGCCAUGUCGAGUCCAGGGGAGAGUAUAUCAUCAGAGGGCAGCAGCCCAUUGUUUCCGUCCCGCCUAGGUCUGCCUGAAAGCCCAAUGGGAGACAGGACAGGUGCAGAGGCUGGUAUGGCCUGGGAGAUGGAGGACACCAAGCCCUGCAUGGAGGCUCUUGAGCAUCGCGGCCUUCCGGGCCUCCACCUGUCCUGCUUCGACAUGCUCUUCACCGAGGACUCCACCUGGCUGGUGAAGGUGACCGAGGCCUCCUCGGGUCAGGCUUGUCCCGUGCCUCUCCCCAUAACCAGGACCGAGCACCGUGAGGAGCCAGAGCAGUGCCCCGUCAUCGACAGCCAGGCCCUGGGGCUCUCCCCGGGGCUGGAGGGCCAGGAGGAGGAGCGAUCCCUGGAGCAGGUCCAGACCAUGGUGGUCGGGGAGGUGCUGAAGGACAUUGAGACGGCCUGCAAGCUGCUCAACAUCAUCCCAGACCCCAUAGAGUGGAGCUCGGGGAACGUCCAGAAGUGGUUGUUGUGGACAGAGCACCUGUAUAGACUGCCUCAGGCCGGCAAGGCCUUUCAGGAGCUCACUGGGAAAGACCUGUGUGCCAUGAGUGAAGAGGACUUCAGGCAGAGGUCCCCUCAGUGUGGAGACACCCUGCACGCCCACCUGGACAUCUGGAAGUCAGCUGCCUGGAUGAAAGAGAGGUGUUCCGUUGGAGACAGCAAAAUCACAGGCGGAGAGGAGCUGUGGUUGGAGGCAGACUCGUCAUGCUCAGGCCAGCCCAUCCACCUGUGGCAGUUCCUCAGAGAGCUGCUCCUCAAGCCCCACAACUACGGACGCUGUAUCCGCUGGCUCAACAAGGAGAAAGGUAUUUUCAAAAUCGAGGACUCUGCUCACGUGGCAAGACUCUGGGGACUGAGGAAGAACCGUCCAGCGAUGAACUACGACAAACUGAGCCGCUCCAUACGGCAGUACUACAAGAAGGGCAUCAUCCGCAAGCCUGAUGUCUCCCAGAGACUGGUCUAUCAGUUUGUCCACCCAGUAUGAGGGGACGGAGGAGGACAGAGGUCUCCAAAGAAAGGGCCACACGAUCACACCUUGCAUUUGUACAUUACACCAACACCAAGCUGAGAAGGGGUGAAACUAACAAGCAUGCACUGACCAACCCCUGUAAGUACACAUAGCCUUUGCCAGCCAUUGCCAGUAAGUGUCAGCAGUCAAAGCUGGCAAAUUAUUUUUUCGCUUUUUUUAAUGCAGAGAAGAAACUUGAGACUAAAAUGAAAGUGCUUUUUCUCUGGGGUUGAUUCCUCAUAAAAACCACCAAACAACAAAGAAAGAAAAAAAACAACUUU